AUGAAAUCAAAUAUUACUCUAUUUAACGCGAAUUCUACAUGCCUUCUUAAGUCGCCAUCAGGCACUACAAAAAAUAGAAUUUGCAAAAAAUGCUACCAGGAUUUUAAAAGUCCAUAAUAAUCUGCUAAUAAGCUUGAAUUGACUCUUAACAUGUCUGGAUCUCAAAUAGCUUUGAGUACUAGCCUUCUAUAAUAAAAGGAUGAGGGCAAUUAAGUUCCCUCAGCGGUAUGCGAUGAGUGCUAUUCCAAAGCUCUAUUAUCUAUUGAAAGAGAUAGACAGCAAAUAGAUUAUCAAAGGAGGAAUAUAGAGAUGAGACUCUAGAGCAGCUUUAUUAAUGCUGUUGACGAAGAUUUUCUAAAAUAGAAAAAGAUGGGAGAGGAAUUUGUGGUUGGCUUAAAUGGUCAUUUUUACAAAAAAACUUCAUCAGAUAAAAACUAUGAUCCUUAGUAUAAUAAAGUGCAAGAAAUGGGUGAUUGUAUUAAAUCAUUUAACAUUGCAAGUAAUAAAGAUUUCCAAUAAAAAAUACAAUAAUAAAACUUGAAGAACUUCAAUUAAACUAAAAGAACUACAAAGCCUGGAUAUGGAGGUGGAACGUUCGGAUUUAGGCAAAAUAGAGUACUGUCCCCAAGUUCAAUUAAAACAUAAAUUAAUAUGUCUGAAGGAUACUAGCUAUCUAAUUUUAAAAGUGGAGUAACAUCUCCUGCAAGGAAUAGUGAUCAAAUAUAUUCAUAGCUCAGCUAAAUUAAAAAUGAAAGCAAAAAUGCGGAAUAAAAACUGUUUCAAAUAAUAAAUGAAAGAAGAGUAAGAGAAUCUAAGGCUAGUUAGGAGAGAAAAGAGCAAAAAUAAGCUUCAAAUACAGAUCCUCUAACAUAUAAACGACCAAGAUCUGACUCUCAAAGUUUCAGUCCUUCUGCAAGGAAUUUUGAAAAGAUGCCUCAAACUGCAACAUCUAUUUACCCACCUCAAGCAACUUCAAUAAUUGAUUCGAUCAAGCCAGUUCAAAAUCAAGCUAAUUAGAUCUUCAAUUACAAACCUACUUUUUCAAAUAUUCAGACAUAAUAAUCCAAUAACGACAUAAUCACGCAUAACUAAACGUAGUAAACUCUUUCUAAGAAUCCUAGUCAAGCAUCAUAUGCCUCAUCAAAGCAUGGGAGUCAUAAUUAGUCAACAUUCAAGAAUAUUCAUAUCUAGAAUCUAACUAAACAUAACCAGAGCAAUCUUUCACAUUCAAGUAAGUUGAAGGUAGCUUCAGAAUCAAGAAAAACUAAAAACGACUUUAAUAAGUAUUAUGAUAAGAGCUAUAUUGAGGAAGAAGUGGGUUAAGACUAUAUUGAUUUGGAGUCUGAUGAGGAAUUGCAUGGUGAAAAUAUUAACGUCGAUGAAGAUGAAUCCAAUGUUGAUGAUGAAGGCGAGGAAAUCAAAUUGCGUAUUAAUGCAAAAAGUAACAUGAACUCAAAACACAACUAAUAUUAAUCAGUGAAGGAUCAUGUUUAAAAUAAGAUGAAAGCUAUUCUAGAUCAGUCACUUAAUAAUCUCCUAUUACAAGCCAAAAAUAACGAUACAAUAUAUGGAAGUAUGAUAACUAAUGAUACAUUUGCUAAACCUACCAUUCGUUCAAAGCACUAAAAUUAUUUCGAGUCCUGA